CAGCCUCGGGAGACUGCUCAGGAGAUGGAUAAUUGCCCUGCGUUAGGCAAGCUCACUCAGACGUUCCUGGGCGGUGAUGGGCUCUUGGGUCAAAGGCAACAGCUGCUUGGCGGCUGGACUGCUGCAGAACAAAGUGGCCAUCGUUACCGGCGGGGCCACGGGCAUCGGAAAAGCCAUCUCCAAGGAGCUCCUGCACUUGGGAUGUAAUGUGGUCAUUGCUUCUCGGAAGCUUGACAGAUUAAACUCUGCUGCAGAUGAACUGAGGGCGACCCUGCCUCCCAAUAGCCAGACUCAGAUCACUCCCAUACAGUGCAAUAUCCGGAAAGAAGAGGAGGUGGAUAAUUUGAUGAGAUCAACUUUAGCUGUUUAUGGUAAGAUCAAUUUCUUGGUAAACAAUGGAGGAGGCCAGUUCCUGUCUCCUACUGAGUAUAUCAGUUCAAAGGGAUGGAAUGCUGUGAUUGAAACCAAUCUGACUGGCACCUUCUACAUGUGUAAAGCAGCUUACAGUUUCUGGAUGAAAGAGCACGGAGGGGCUAUUGUGAAUAUCAUUGUUCUUCUUAAAAAUGGAUUUCCAGGCUUUUCGCAUACCGGAGCUGCCAGAGCUGGUGUUUACAACCUCACCAAAUCCUUAGCUGUGGAGUGGGCUAGCAGUGGAGUAAGGAUCAACUGUGUUGCCCCUGGUAUAAUUUAUUCCCAAACUGCUGUCAGUAACUAUGGUGAUUUGGGACAAGGCAUGUUUGAAAGAGCCUUUCAGAACAUCCCAGCUAAACGAAUUGGAAUUCCGGAGGAGGUCUCUCCCCUGGUAUGCUUCCUGCUCUCCCCUGCGGCCUCCUUUAUCACUGGACAGGUGGUGGAUGUGGAUGGAGGUCAGUCUCUGUACACAAAUGGGACUGAAAUACCAGUGAUAACAACCCGUAUUCCUCAUUUGGAGCAAUGCUGGCCCGGGAUGAUGAAAAGAAUUUAUGGAGUCUUCCUCAUGACGUGUCCCACACUGAGGCAGAUGAUGACAGAAUGCUAUACAAUUUGAUAGUCAUUCGUAACCAGAAGGCCAAAGACUCAGAGGAGUGGCAAAAACUCAACUAUGAUAUCUAUACCCUGAGGCAGAUUCGGAGAGAAGUCAGAAACAGAUGGAAAUGC